AUGCCUAACUCAAGUACUGGCACUGGUGAUGAGGUUGGGGAAACCUUUUUGUUUAGCUCUGAGUCUGUCGGUGAGGGCCAUGCAGAUAAAAUUUGCGAUCAGGUCAGCGAUGCCAUUCUGGAUGAAUACUUGAAGCUUGAUCCCAACUCGAAAGUUGCAUGUGACGGUUCAGAAACCUUUACAAAAACGGGUAUGAUUCUUAUCGGCGGCGAGAUCUCCUCCAGAGCCACCAUCGACUUCCAGUCUGUCAUACGGCGUGUGAUUGAGAAGAUUGGUUACGAUGAUUCUCGCAAGGGUUUCGAUUUCAAGACUUGCAAUGUCCUUACGGCAAUUGAGCAACAGAGCCCUGACAUCGCCCAGUGCGUCCAUGAGGGUAAAUCGAUGGAAGAAAUAGGAGCCGGCGACCAGGGUCUUAUGUUCGGUUAUGCAACUGAUGAGACUGAAGAAUGCAUGCCUUUGACCAUCGUGCUCGCUCAUGCUCUCAAUGAACGCCUUGCGAUAUGUCGGCGUGAUGGAACUCUUCCUUGGGCUCGUCCCGACUCAAAGUCCCAAGUCACCGUGGAGUACAAAAAGGAUAAUGGCGCGUGUGUCCCGCUUCGUGUCCAUACCGUUGUUAUUUCGAUCCAGCACGACCAAUACGUUAGUUUGGAACGACUUCGUUCGGAGGUGAUGGAGCAUGUUGUUCGUCAAGUCAUUCCCUCGAGUCUCCUGGACAAUGACACCAUCUACCACAUAAAUCCAUCUGGCCGCUUCGUAAUCGGUGGUCCUCAAUCCGAUGCUGGUCUUACUGGGCGAAAGAUCAUUGUCGACACUUAUGGGGGCUGGGGAGCUCAUGGUGGGGGAGCUUUCUCAGGUAAGGACUGCUCCAAAGUCGAUAGAUCGGCUGCUUACGCUGCCAGAUGGGUGGCUAAGUCGCUUGUCAAAGCCGGAUUGUGUCGGCGAGUUCUCGUCCAGCUCUCUUAUGCUAUUGGUAUUGCCGAACCACUGGCUGUCUACGUGGAUAGCUAUGGGACGGGAAAGAUGCCCGAUUCUGAGCUUCUGAGGAUUGUCAAUGAAAACUUUGACCUCCGACCUGGUGUCAUCAUUAAGGAGCUAGAUCUGCAGCUGCCAAUCUUCCAGAAAACGGCUGCUUACGGGCAUUUCGGUCGAAAGGAAUUCUCCUGGGAGAAGCCCAAACUUCUGCGCAUCUAUCCACGUGACGAGCUAGACAACUGA